AUGUAUAGAAGUUUGGUUGGAAGUUUGUUUUAUCUAACAGCUACACGACCCGAUUUAAUGUUUGCUGCUAGUUUACUCUCAAGGUUCAUGAGUAAACCGAGUCACUUACACCUUGGAGCAGCAAAAAGAGUUCUAAGGUAUGUCAUGGGAACCAUGGAGUAUGGAAUCAGGUUUGAAAAGAGUUUUAAACUCAAAAUUAAAGGCUACUGUGACAGUGAUUGGGCUGGAAGUGUUGAUGACAUGAAAAACACUUCUGGUUAUGUGUUCAGCCUGGGUUCAGGAGUAAUUUCUUGGUGUUCGAAGAAACAAGACACUGUAGCGUAA